GUACACUCACUAACACUGUACUUUUACCCUUUUCAUCUUCUUCCUUCUUCUUCCUUCUUGAUCUCUCUCUUCAAUACUAUCAUCCCUAUCUCUAUAAUACUGUUUUCAAUUCACUCUCCUUUCUCUUUCUCUCUCUCUCUCUCUCUCCACAACAUGCUUCAAAAUCCCUGAUAAAAAAUCUGAAGCCCAACCCACUCUCCUCUCUUUUCUCUCUGAAAUCUUCCUUCUUCUCCACACAAUAACUGAGUCAACUGUCUUUCCAAUAAAGCAAAUUCAAAAAGAAAAAACAGUAACAUAGAGAGAGAGAGAGAGAAAUUUUCAAGAACACCGAAUUAUUAAAGAUCCAAAAUCUUUAUCUAUAUAUAUAAUCUUUUAGAUCAGAAGCGCAAGCAUUAAUUACUGAAUAGUCAUGAAUUCUCUUCAAGAAUUUGAUUCAUCAUCAAACACUACUUCAUCACUCAACAACAAUUUCGGAGUACUACCUUUAUCUUCUCCAGCUGCAUCAUCAUCAACCUCAUCACCACCGCCACCGCAACCACCACCGCCACAACCACCGUCAACUCCAACCACACUAAGCCGCUACGAGAACCAGAAGCGCCGCGACUGGAACACCUUCGGCCAAUACCUCCGGAACCACCGUCCGCCACUCUCGCUCUCCCGAUGCAGCGGCGCGCACGUGCUGGAAUUCCUCCGAUACUUGGACCAGUUCGGAAAAACGAAGGUGCACACGCAGUUAUGUCCAUUCUUCGGGCACCCGAACCCGCCUGCACCGUGCCCUUGCCCGCUCCGCCAAGCUUGGGGGAGCUUAGACGCUCUGAUUGGUCGGUUAAGGGCGGCGUUUGAAGAGAAUGGCGGUAAGCCGGAGGCUAACCCUUUCGGCGCUCGCGCCGUUAGGCUUUACCUUCGCGAGGUUCGUGAUUCUCAGGCUAAAGCCAGAGGUAUUAGCUAUGAGAAGAAGAAGCGCAAGAGGCCGCCACACCAACAACAACCGCAACCGCAACCGCAAUCGCAACCGCUCCCGCAACCGCAACCACCUUCCACCAAUACUAGUAUGAACUUGUGAUUUGAGAAUGGGGUUAGAGCGAUGAAGCAUGGGGAGACUAUCUACUACAGGCUUUGGAAGUUGAUUAAAAAGGUGCAAACCUAAACAGCAGUGUUGUUGGGUGGAAAGAAGCAGUGAUAUCGGGUAAGUUGAGAAAGCAGUAGCAGUAGUAGUAGCAGCUUGUGAUGAAAAGACUCAUGUUAAAUUGAAUCAAUCAAUGAACGAACCAAGGUAAGUGAGAACAAGGGCUGUGUUUGUGACAGAACAAUACAUCGUCCAAUUUGUAGUAAUAAAAAAAAGGAACUUGUCUAUGUUCUUUUUUAAGAUCCUAUAUUAUUUAUAUUUUUAUAUAAUAUAUAUGACCAAACAAAUAAUAUUAUUGGAUUUCAACAUCUUAUGCCAGUUAAUUAAUCACUU